AUGUUGCACGCGGCGGUGCUAAUAAUUUUGGCUCACGCUGUUAACACGGAAGAAAUAACGAAACUUCCAGGGACGGAGCAUCUAAAAAUAAAUUUCAAGCAUUAUUCGGGAUAUUUUCAAGUUUCAGACAUUCAUCAUUUGCAUUACUGGUUUGUGGAAUCACAGAAUAAUGCAGCGACGGAUCCGCUGAUAUUUUGGUUCAAUGGAGGUCCUGGUUGCUCAUCAUUAGAUGGCCUAUUGAAUGAAAUGGGUCCAUAUCUUAUCAGCGAUGAUGGUAAAACACUUCAUCGCAAUCCUCAUGCAUGGAAUCAGAUAGCUUCCAUAGUUUAUAUAGAAUCACCUGCCGGAGUCGGUUAUUCAUAUUCUACCAACGGGAUUAUUAAAACCGAUGAUGAUCAGACAGCCAGAGAGAAUUAUGCUGCUUUCAAAACAUUUUUCGAAGCGUUCCCAGAUUUCUAUAAUCAUUCCGUUUAUAUCAUGGGAGAAAGUUAUGGUGGCAUCUAUGUACCGACGUUGGCUGCCCUUAUUAUUCGUGGUCUCAAAGAAUUCCCGAUAAAUCUCAAGGGUAUCGCAAUUGGAAAUGGGUACGUGAGUGAAGUCCUAAAUAUCGAUACAUCAAUACAUUUCGCCUAUAGUCAUGGACUCGUUGAUGAGAAGACUUGGAAUGCGCUCCAAAACGAAUGUUGUCAUGGCUGCAUUAACACGUGUGAGCUGACGAAUGUUCAAGAAAUUUUCCAAUUUAUAUGGUCCGGUAAUCUGAAUCCAUAUGAUUUGUAUCGGGAUUGUAAUUCAAAUCCUGAAUUAAACAAAGCUCGAAUACGUGUUAUGAAAUUUGGUCUUACUGCUUCACGUUUACUUAAAAGUAAUGAGCCAGGGAUGGAGCAGAAACCACUGAAAUCUGUUUUGGCUUAUUUGAGACGUACUAGUCCUCUGUCUGGAGAUGCACCUUGUUUAAACGACUCAGCAAUGAUCCAGUAUAUGAACAAUGCAGAAGUGCGCCGUGCGCUUCACAUCCCAGAGAAUUUGCCUAAAUGGGAUGUAUGUAGCGAUGAGAUGGCAACGAAGUAUGACAAGAUAUACAGCGAUAUGGCACCUUUUAUAAAAGAAAUAAUUAAAGCAAGCGUUCAAGUGUUAUUGUAUUAUGGUGACACUGAUAUGGCAUGCAAUUUCAUUAUGGGGCAACAAUUUUCUGCUUCGCUCAAGUUGCCGAGGAGAAAAAGAAAAGAGCCAUGGAUAUUUGAUUCUCAGAUAGCUGGUUUCAAGACUAUGUACAAGGGUUUGACAUUCCUAACUGUUCGUGGUGCUGGACAUAUGGCACCGCAGUGGCGUGCACCACAAAUGUAUUAUGUCAUCCAGCAAUUCAUCAACAAUCGACCCUUUUAA